AUGACUAUCGAUUCCAUUGAGUCGAAUAACCGCGACUCGGAUUCAAUGGACUGGUCAACUAGUCUUGGGGCGAUCGAAGAAAAUGAAGAUUUGUCGUUGAUGGACCCGCUCUACGAUCUCACAUCGGCGCGAAUGAAAAAAUUGUUUUCGUCAUUCAAUCCGCAAGAUAACGGAAUGGUGUCGUACGAAGGAUUUCGAUGUGGUUUAGCAGCAAUGGGCAUUGCUUGCAGUGACGACCAGCAGUUUCAAGCAUUCAUUGAAAAAAUGGACGACGAUAAGAGCGGUGGAAUCACUUAUUGCGAGUUUGUUAACGCUAUUCAGGAGAUCAAACUCGCACAGCUGUUUAACGAAGAGUAUUUGCGCAACAUGCCGCUAGAGUACGCGCACCUCAAGCAUGAAAGCAGAAGAAGGAAAAAGGCUGUGCUUGGAUCGAUUGAGUAUUCGCCAGACCGGAUUCGUAGCGUACAUCCGAUCGACCAAAUCCGGAGAUUUAUUUACUCGACGAAACCAAGUUGGGCCUCUGUACGAUGGAUUAAUGUUGAAGGUAUCGAUCCUCUCUUGAUGCGACGAUUGUCGGUACGCUAUCGACUGCACCCACUUGCUAUCGAAGACACGCUCGAUGCUGAUGUCGAGCGUCCGAAAUAUGAUGAGUAUGAUGAACACUCGUCACUUAUCGUGCAGACCAUCCACACACGAGACUUGUCCAUGGUAAAAAAGUACCAGAGCAUGUAUCGUGCUUCAUUGUACGUGCAAGACAAGGACGUGUCACCGUUUGAAUGUAUGACGAAAAAAGAAUUGGAAGAUCAUCUGAGAAAGCUUAAUAUUGGCUGUGUCAUGACAGCACCACAACAGCUUAGUCUGUACAUUAUGGAUGAUGUCCUGAUCAGUGUUCAGGAGAGCUCAAGUACAUUAUGGGCGAUGCUAAAACGGAGAUUGGAUCGAUCGUACUCGAAGGUCCGUCAACACGGUACUGCUUUUCUCGUCUACACGAUUGUAGACGUUUGUGUGGAUGAGUUGACACCUAUCACGCACACUUUUGGGUCUAAACUUAUCAUGCUUGAGCGACUGCUGAGCAUGGACCUUCGCUACUUCGAUGUGAGAAGAAUCGCAUGUUGUUCGAAGCAAAUCAAGGGGCUUCAAGUUCUCUGUAAACCAAUGAGCGAGGUUAUCAUACAGCUUUCAGAAGCUGAAGAGUUUGAGGGAGAAACAUUGAGGUAUCUUCGUGAUGUUUUGGACCACGUUGCGACUAUUGAAGAAGACUGUGAGCGACAUUUAGAUCGCUGUCGUAGUCUCAUGGAGGAUUUCCACAAUGCUCGAGCUGCCCAGCAGAAUGACGUGAGUUACAUUCUGGCUCUGGUCGCCGCUAUCUUUUUGCCAGCUCAGUUUCUCACUGGACUCUAUGGCAUGAAUUUUACGAACAUGCCAGAGCUUGAGCAUCACGAUGGCUACUUCAUCUGGUGGGCGGUCGUUCUCUUGAUUGCGCUUGCUACAAUUGCGUUUUUUAAAUUCUACAAGAAGUGGCUAUAA